AUUUAGCAUUCCCUACUGUCCCCUAUUUAACACUUAUUUUCUUAUUCUUAAUAUUCGAAGGUUUAAGCUUCGAGUCUAUCAAACAACCCAAUUCCAUUUUCUGCUCUGAUCUCACCAUCCAGAUCCAUAUAAACACUAAAUCCAUCAUCCUCUUCCUCUUUCAUGAUCUUUGUUUUAAAAAUUUAAUUUUUAUUUUCAUGAUCAUAUUGAUCCAUUGCUUAGAUUCAUGAAUGAUAUGGGUUUUUUGAUUUUAUUGUAAAGUUUUUGUCUUUGAUUUUUCCUCUUUAAUAACAGAUCAAAUGGCAACGAUGGCUCUCUUGCGUUUUACACCCCCCUCUGCUAAAACCCAUGAUGCACUUUCAUUUUCAUCACCUCCUCAGUUUCAUAACCGUUCUGGUUCUAUAUAUCUCAACAACCCAACCCCCCAUUUGCCUCAAAGAUUGAAACUUUCCUUCGCCGGAGGCGAUGGGGUUGGGCGUGGUGUUGGUGGUGGUAGUGGUGGUGGAGGUGGUGGUGGAAGUGAAAGUUGGGGGGAUAAUGAUGAUGGAGAUUCCAAAGAUUCAUCUUUUGGGAUUUUGGGUCUUUUUCUGAAUGGAUGGAGAUCAAGGGUUGCUGCUGAUCCACAAUUUCCUUUUAAGGUUUUGAUGGAAGAGUUAGUUGGUGUUACUGCUUGUGUUUUAGGUGAUAUGGCUUCUAGGCCUAAUUUUGGGUUGAAUGAACUUGACUUUGUUUUUUCAACUCUUGUUGUUGGUGCUAUUCUUAAUUUCACACUCAUGUAUCUAUUAGCACCUACUUUGGGAUCUUCUUCAGCUAGUGUUCCAGCUAUCUUUGCAUCUUGUCCCAAGAGUCACAUGUUUGAACCUGGUGUUUUUAGUUUAUUGAAUAGGUUAGGUACUUUGGUUUAUAAAGGAGCCAUUUUUUCUGCUGUUGGAUUUGGUGCUGGUCUUGUUGGAACUGCAGUUUCAAAUGGGUUGAUCACAAUGAAGAAGAAAAUGGAUCCAAACUUUGAGACACCAAACAAGCCUCCACCUACUUUACUCAAUGCUUUAACUUGGGCUGCUCAUAUGGGUUUAAGUAGUAAUCUUAGGUACCAAACUCUAAAUGGUGCUGAGUUUGUGUUGGAGAAAGGGCUCAGUCCUUUGGCAUUCAAGACCUCAGUGUUGGUGCUUAGGGUUGUGAACAAUGUUCUUGGAGGUGUGUCUUUUGUGAUGUUAGCAAGGUUGACAGGUUCACAAGGUGUUGAUAGUGAAGAGAAGGCAUCACAAUCACAAUUGGAGGUUGGAUUUGGUGAGAAGGUGGAAGAGGCUUUGGAGAAUAGCAACCAAACAAAUCCAUCAAAUUGAUAGCAUCACUUAGUUUGGUUUAAUCUCUUGUUUUGACUAAGGUUGUUGGAUUGGAUAGGUGAUGGCUUUUUAGUUUUCUUUUCUGAAUUUUGUGGCAGCAACAAAUAAGAAUGAAGGGUAGAUUUUGAGAUAGGGAUGUUUGGUACAAAUUUCUGGCAGGUUGCUGAAACUUACAAUAAGGUGCCAAAUUUGUUUGGCCAUGUUUUGGAUUUUGGACCCUCACCACCUACUCAAAUGAAAAUGUUUUUGGUUUUGGCUACUAUGUUGUUGUUUUGGCAACUAUUGUUUCUGCCAUCAAUAAUUAGGCUUUUGUUGUCGUUUUCUAGACAAAUUAGUACCAAUGUAAAAGUACCAAAAACUAAUUUGGAGUAAUGGCUAAAUAAAACUAGGUGUAAGAUAUUGAUUUUGAAUUGUGAAACAUCAAUUAUUUGGUGUAUUUUUCUUUUUUAUUUCAAUUUUUUAGGAUAUUAGACUAUGCAGGUUGACACAUGUGUCUAAAGAUUAGUUGAGUAGAUACGACUUGGUAAAUUUGCCCCUUA